AUGGCGUCCAGCAAGGCAGGUUCUGUGGCCCCUAGGCCCAUGAACGGAGUGAUGCCAGUAGGCAAUUUUCAGGUACCAGCAUCUCGCAAUACCUUCAAUUCUGCUAGCCUAUAUGUAGGCAACCUCCUUCCUGAUGUAACGGAGGCCAUGCUCUAUGAGGUAUUUAACGCUGUAGGACCCGUAGCAUCUAUUCGUGUCUGUCGUGACAGUUUGACUCGAAAGAGCCUCGGGUACGCGUAUGUUAACUACUACAGUUUCCAAGAUGCGGAAGCUGCCCUUGAGUGCUUGAAUUACAUUGAGAUCAAGGGACAUCCAGCUCGCAUCAUGUGGAGUGAACGUGACCCGAGCUUCCGCAAAAGCGGCACGGGGAACAUAUUUGUUAAAAAUCUCGACAAGGCCAUUGACACCAAAGCACUUUAUGAUACAUUCAGUCACUUCGGCACAAUUUUGUCAUGCAAGGUUGCAGUAGACUCUCUAGGAAACUCAAAAGGUUAUGGUUUCGUGCACUAUACGACUGAAGAGAGUGCAAAGGAAGCGAUAGAAAAGGUAAACGGUAUGUUGGUGGGAAAUAGCCAGGUGAGUGUGGCACCAUUCUUGCGUCGCAACGAGCGCGCAUCCACAAUAUGUGAUGUCUUUACAAACCUCUACGUUCGCAAUUUCCCCGACACAUGGACCGAGAAUGACUUGCACGAGGUGUUUAGCAAAUAUGGACAAAUCACAAGUAUGCUACUAAAGUCCGACGACAAAGGACGCCGUUUCGCAUUCGUUAACUUCGAGGAUACUAACAUGGCAAAGGCAGCGGUAGAAUCACAAAAUGGCGUGAAGAUCGAGGGUGUGGAGGAACCCAUGAUGGUAUGCCAGCAUAUGGAUAAGGCGAAACGCCAUGCGAUGCUUAAAGCCCAAUAUGAUUCUAAUGCCCAAGACCAGCGUAACAAAUUCAUGGGUGUGAAUUUGUACAUUAAGAAUCUGGAUGACGAUGUUGACGAUGACGCGCUGCGCGAACUGUUCAAACAGUACGGUACAGUCACCUCAUCGAAAGUUAUGCGCGACCAGAAUGGUCUCAGCCGUGGAUUUGGUUUUGUCUGUUUCUCACGCCCAGAUGAAGCCACCAAGGCUGUAGCAGGUAUGCACUUGAAGCUUGUCAAGAACAAACCAUUAUACGUUGGUCUUGCUGAGAAGCGCGAACAACGCGCCAGCCGUAUGCAGCAGCGCAGCAGACAGAACGAUUUAAUGCAGUACGGUGAUAGACCGGGAUAUAUGCCGAUGUAUCCUCCCGAUAUGAUGCCACAAGCCUACUACAAUCAAGUUGGCUUUAGGCCUCCAAUGCCUUCGCAGCCCAUGGGCGUCGGCCCACGGGGAAUGCGUAUGGUUGCGCCAAUGCCCAUGGUCCAUGGACGUGGCACGAAUUCCCCCCAUUCCAACCCUCAAAGUCGUCGCACACCCGUCAAACAAGUACCUUUGAGUGGAUUCAAGUUCACGGCUCAGGCUCGUAACCGUACUGAAUUACCAAAUGGCGCCCCCUCUGCAGCGCCUCCCUCUCAACGCCCUAUCGACAGUGCUGCUAUGCACAAACAGAUGAUUGGGGAGCGGUUGUUCCCAAUUGUUGCUCGUGAGAACCCUGAUUUGGCAGGGAAAAUAACUGGUAUGAUGCUAGAGAUGGACAACCAGGAACUGAUGGCUCUUUUGGACAAUGAGCAACAGCUUAAAGACAAAAUACAAGAGGCCAUGCGUGUUCUACAACAAGCUUCUUGA